AUGGAAACGGCAUCGAUUGAUGAAUCGAGUCUCUCAAAACUGGUCAAUCAUCGUAAACCAGAUAAAGCCGAAAGAAUCUUGGUUUCCAGUGAUUUUCUACGAACCACUCGAUCAAACCUUCCGGCAACAUCAGGAAAAGUUUAUUUUGUAAUGAAUGGAAAAAAUUAUUUGUGUUCGGGUUCCGUCGUCAAUGCCGGAAAUCGUGAUAUGGUUGUGACGGCUGGUCAUUGUGUCUUCGAUUAUGAACAACAAAUGUGGGCAUCUAAUUGGAUCUUUGUACCUGAAUAUUCGAGCAAUUAUCGUCCACAUGGAACAUUUAUUUGGCGUCAGAUGGCAACGAAACAAGGUUGGACGAACAAUCAAGAUUACAACUUUGACGUGGGAAUCGUCUUAAUGAACCCAAAUGAAAAUGGUCAACAUAUUCAAGAUUUAAGGGCGGUCUGGGUAUCACUAUAA